AAAAGUUUAAACGAAAAAAUCAAGAUUUCUGAGCUCAGCACUUACGCACGUCUCCUUCCGACGGCCACUGCCCCCGUGACGCUUGCGCACACCCCACUCCCACGUCGCCGUGCCUCCAAAUUAUCCCUCAAAAACCCCUCAAUUUUGUUACAAGAAUCCCCCAAAACCUCUGCUCCCAAACCCAUCUCCUCCCACCUCACUCAUCAACCAUCUUGGCCGCCGCCGGGAGGCCGAGCAAUCCCCACACCGCACUCUUGAUUUCUUGUCAUGCACAUGGAUGACGACGGCGCGAAAUCGCAGAGCCUAAUUCCCCCGAGAUCCGCCGGCGCCGAGGGCGUCCGCACCGCUGUCGGAUUUCCCCAUGUUGUGGGGAUCUUGCAUUUGGUGGUGUCACUGGGGAUAAUUCUUGCGGCAGAUAAGCUUCUCGAGCAGGCUUUUGCUGCUGCUGCGAUAAAAUUCCCGAGCGCUCUUUUCGGGAUGUUCUGCGUGUUCUCGGUGCUCAUGUUCUUGGACUACGUUGCUUCCUCUGCUGCGAUGGGCUUGACGGGUUUCUUUGAGCCGGCGACUUUGUUCAUCCAGAGGUGGCUUCCGCUGUUUUAUGUCCCGGCGCUGGUGGUUUUGCCUCUUGCGGUGAGGGAUAUCCCGGCGGCUUCGGGGCUUAAGAUUUGUUUCAUCCUAGUUGGUGGCUGGCUGGCUUCACUUUCUGUUGCAGGGUACACAGCCAUUACUGUAAGAAGAGUUAUGAAGACAGAAAUGAUACCUGCAGAACCCAUGACGAAACCUUCUCCAUUUACCUCGGUUGAGCUUUGGGUUUGGACUGCAAUUUUCAUUUCAACAUUUAUUCUUGCAUUUAUAUGGCCAACAGCACUUGGUACAAGUGCGAGAACAUGCCUUCCAUUCCUUCUUGCUGCUACAGUUUUGGGAUACAUGGUUGGUUCUUGGUUGCCAUCUAAUGUGAAGAAGGUGUUCCAUCCAAUUAUCUGCUGUGCAUUUGCUGCAGACUUGGCAGCAUUGGCAUAUGGGUACUUCUCACGGUCUGGAAUGGAUGCUGUUCUAGCUGACUACCUUACCAAAGUGUCAUCAAAUCCUGGAGCUGGUGACUUGCUUAUGGGAUUUCUGGGAUCUGUUAUUAUUUCGUUUGCCUUUUCAAUGUUCAAACAGAGAAAGCUUGUGAAGAGGCAUGCAGCUGAGAUUUUCUCAACAGUCAUAAUAUCAACUAUUUUCUCUUUGUAUUCAACUGCUAUUGUAGGACGCAUCAUUGGGUUAGAACCAACUUUAACCAUAUCAAUCUUACCAAGAUGUAUAACUGUGGCUUUGGCUCUCAGCAUAGUAUCCUUGUUUGAAGGUGCAAAUUCAUCUCUUACUGCAGCUGUGGUGGUCCUCACGGGUCUUGUUGGAGCAAAUUUUGUGCAAGCUGUGAUGGAUAAACUUCGGCUGCAUGAUCCUAUAGCUAGAGGAAUAGCAACAGCUUCUAGGUUUCCAUUGCAUCAUCGGAUUUCAGAAAUUUGAGUGGCCAACAAUUGUUCUAUGUGCUCAUGGGCUGGGAACAGCAGCAUUGUCAGCGAAGGAACCUGAGGCUCUUCCGUUCUGUGCCAUGGCUUAUGCACUGACUGGAAUAUGGGGCACCUUGCUUUGCUCCGUCCCUGUGGUGCGGCAAAGCUUACUGUUGAUAGUUAACUAAGAAUUUCUAUAUGUUACUUGUAAGUGGUUUGGCUGUAAUUCCCCAAGCUACCUGUAAUUUUGGAGUGUGAGAGACUCUGUUAGAGGAAUCUAAAAGAUAUUGACAUAUCCUAGUCGAAAUUCUUUUUGUCAUUG